AUGAAUGCUACUGUAAACAGAACAGAAUUUGAUGACUUGAAAGUUGCAAGCAGUUCCAUACAUCUUUAUGCUUAUUUGAUUAUUGGCCCAAUGCUAGUAUUGGUUAACACCCCGAUCUUCUUGCUUGUGAUGUUACGUAAAGCGCUCAGGCUUCCCUACCUGAUUCUCGCAACUGUAUUUUUUAACAGUGGAUUAACCGGAAUGAGUGCAAUAUUAAUGGGAGCAAAACGAUGGAUUAUUUCCGUUGUUGAAGAACAAUUUAUUGUUCAUUAUGACUGCGUGCUUAGUGUGGCGAUCUUUUUUUUAUCAAUGUCUUUUCUAAAUGGUUGGAGUUUACUAAUGAAUAGUGUGGAAAGAUUUUGUGUCGUUGCAUUCCCAAUAUAUUACUAUACUCACAGUAAACGAAUAAUCUUUGCAUUAAUUACCAUACAAUAUGCAAUUACUGCCAUUGCAGUGAUUUUUACCGUUGUCGCAAGUUUAAUUGAACCGAAGCGAUAUAUAUCGCAUUUUUGCAUGUGA